GACGAGAACAGCCUAUUACAUUUUACAAGUAUUAUUAUGUGUCAUACUAGUGUGUUAUUACAAUGUACAUCUAUGUACCUUAAUCUAACUUAACAUAGAUGUAAAUAGAACUAGUGGGUGACUGUAUAUAUACCUAUCUGCAGUAUGCAAUGCUACACCGCUGAACCAUCUUAGCUCAAGUUACUUUGAAACUCGGUUGUUUCUACAAUUUACUUAGGCCAACAACACUGCGGCAAUACUUCAGAAACCCGUUAGAGAUCAAUGCAAAAUAAGUAUCAGCACUAUUCAAAUACGAAGUCGUUCGUUGUAUGGCUUACCUUGUUGACAUUAAUAAUAUGGAUGUUCACCUAUUAUUCAGUGACAAAAUAUGCUUUCGCUGACGACAAUGGCGUCAAAGUCGAACGGUUCGAUUCAACAAUGUUCAUACCAAAUGGAUACUUGAUCAAUACAUCAGGAUGUCGGAUACCGGAAAUGUUCACCAGGGGACCGUCGGUAGACAAAUUUAUGGAUACUGAUCCUAAAGUAGACUGCACUAGCCACAAACAUGACAGUCGUUUGAAAGGUUUCAAGGCAAUUACGUCAGAUGAGACAGACCUCAUAAUAAACCCCGAUAUCUGGACUAAGUUAAAUUUAUCCAAGAACGAUACUUCAUUGACAUGUUAUUAUCAACCCGUGAGCCGACUAAAACCGACAGCUUCGAACAAAAAAGCCAAAAAAUUUGACAAUGAGUUUUUGACUGGGACGAAAAAACAAUUCAACGAUAGGGUGACGGUGAAAGACGAAUUCGUGAAAGCAUGGUGUAUAUUAAAGUCGACCGAAGUGUACAGGUCCUAUCACGGAUUUGUGAUUCCCGGGUCGACUACCGCAGCGAAACAAGUCGAAGGAAACGUCAGCGUGCUCGUGAUAGGCUUAGACGGGAUGUCGCGGUUGAACUUUAACCGUCAGAUGCCCAAAACAGCAGAGUUGCUAUCCAAAUUUGGAGUUGUGGAAAUGUUAGGCUACAAUAAGGUGGAGGACAACACGUUUCCAAAUUUAAUGCCAACGCUAACGGGCCAUUCGGUCCCCGAACUUGCGGCUAGUUGUUGGUCCAAAAAAGAAGAUUUCUUUGACAACUGUUCGUUUGUAUGGAAUACCUUCAAGCGUGCUGGCUACGAAACCGGUUUUGGAGAAGACUCACCGUUAAUUGGCGCGUUCAAUUACCAGAAGAAUGGAUUCCAUAAGCAGCCUACCGACAGGUACAUUAGGCCCAUGAUGGUUGCCGCCGAAAAAGACAUCGGCCAUAAUAAACCGCUCAAUACGGAGCUGUGCAUUGGUGACAGCAUGCAAAUGGCGUUUUUGUUGGAUUAUAUACGGAAGUUUGUUCAAUCCACGGACGACCACUUGACCUUUGGCUUUUUCUGGAGUACCAGUCUCACGCACGAUUACUUAAACAUAAUGCGUGCCGGUGACGAGUGUCUGAGAGAUUUUUUCGAAUUCUUAAACCAGUCGGGACAUCUAAACAAAACUGCGGUGGUGCUGAUGAGCGACCACGGUCUAAGGUGGGGGCCGUUUAGAGAAACCUACCAGGGUAGUCUGGAGGAUCGACUUCCCAUGUUGAGGUUGAUUCUACCAAAAUGGUUCCAGGUAAAGUAUCAGGCGGCUAUGAAAAACUUGCGGGUCAACGUCGACAGGCUGACCACGCCGUACGAUACGCAUAAGACCCUUUUAGAUUUCCUCGACCUAAAGCAGUUGGAGAACAAUGCUAUCAAUCAGCGAUCACUGUCCCGCGAUCUGGGCAUUAGCCUAUUCAUGGAAGUUCCUGAGAAUAGGACCUGCGAGUUGGCCGGCAUACCUAAACACUAUUGCGCUUGUCACAAUAAGGUCACCUUACUUCUAAUUAACGACCCAAAAGUACAACACGUGGUUAGCGCUCUCGUGCACCACAUUAACGUCAAGUUGAAAGUUCAUCCGAAAUGCGAACAGUUGAAGCUAUAUAAGAUAUUGUCUGCCAGCGAGGAGACCGGCGGCAACGGCAAGCUUGAGGACUUCGUAGUUCAAGUGAUCACCACACCGGGAGAAGCCAAGUUCGAAGCGACCGUUAGGUACACGGACAAUAAGUAUCAGGUGAUCGGCUCUAUAAGUAGACUAAACUUGUAUGGCAAUCAGAGCAUAUGCGCUAAUGAUACCGAAACCAAAUUAUUAUGUUUUUGCAAGAAAUGAUCAUCGCAAUAGUGUCCGUACGAUCCAUAGCAGUUCUAUGAAAGAAAUAUUUGUAUUCAUGAAGAAAAAACGUCCCCACAGACAACAUUUUUAUAACAUAUUGUGUACGCUUGUCUUUUAAUCAAUUUUGGAAAUAAUUUAUAUAAUUUAAAAUACAAUUUUUCAAUAGUUUUACGUUAGUAUAGGUUCGACGAUUUAUAAUGUAGGUAUAAAUAACUUAUGUUAACCAUAUAUUGUACCAAAUAUUUCCGGGUACUCUCCAAACUAUAAAAGUUCAGUCUCAUAAACGAAUUUCACUGACUUGUUUUAAGAAUGAGUUGAAAAAAUGUAUAAUAUGUGAGUAUACAUUAAGGCUUAAUGGUUACAUUAAGCCUUUUUAUAAGCCGCUAGGAAGACAUAUUGUGUCGUCCGAAAAUGGUUACUUCUUAAUUGUAUACAUAAUACAUAUCACUAAAAUAAUAAUACCGUAUAUUAUUAUUUGUAUGUAUUAAUUUCCAAUACAAAGUCAUUGUUUGCAUAAUAUAUCAAUAAUAAAAAGAACUCCAUAAGCAAUACGUAUGUACUGAAAAUAAUUAAAAUUAUAAGAUUAAACUUAACUUUUUUAUUAUAUUUAUGUAUUAUUAUGGGAAUCAUAAAAUUCCGUCUUCCACCAUUGAACAUUACAUUAAGUAAGCCGUUCUUAAUUUUAAAUCCGAAAAGUAUAACAGUAUAGCUAUACUAAGUGUUUACUGAUUUUGUUACUCGGAUAAAAUGCAAAACUCUGCUUUACUCUGAUUUAUUGUUGACUGUAAUAUUGUCUGAUUUAAUGUGUGUACGAAUUUAAUUAUUAAGGA